GUGUGUCCCAAAGUGCCUGGUGUACUACUUCUCCUUUUUUUGGCAGCGGACCAAUAAAUAUCAACUGUUGGGUCACGUGACCCUGCAGCCCAAAUAAGCCAUGCCAGUAAUGUCGGCGGUGCGGAGGGGAGGAAUGUCGUCUGUCUCGGCCGUCUGAGCUUUCCAGCCCCGUAAACAUGCAGUUCCACGGGCGGUAGAUCGUAAGGAGAGCUGACCGAGGAUGUCGUGGAUGCCUUGCGAAUUCCUGUCAAGGAUGGAGGCCAACAUCGAGAAGGAGUGCAGCGCCUUGGGCGGACUGUUCCAGACGAUAGUGACGGACUUGAAGUCCAGCACACCAGUAUGGGAAGACUUUCUCAGCAAGGCUACCAAGCUUCAUUCACAGCUGAAGACUACAGCCCUGGCUGCAGCAGUCUUCUUGGAUUCUUUCCAGAAAGUCGCAGACAUGGCCACCAAUACCAGAGGAGCCACCAAGGAGCUGGGUGCAGCCCUGACCAGAAUGUGUAUCCGCCACAGAAGUAUAGAGGGCAAGCUCAGACAUUUUUCAAGUGCCAUACUAGAGAAGCUGGUGACACCUCUCCAGGACAGAAUGGAGGACUGGAAGAAGGAUGCUACCCAGCUGGACAAGGACCAUGCUAAAGAGUACAAGAAAGCCAGACAAGACAUCAAGAAGAAAUCUGCUGACACUUUAAGAUUGCAGAAGAAGGCCAAGAAAGCACAUAACAUGCACUUCAACCAAGCUUGCUUGUUGGGUAAAGCGGAUGUGCAAACGCAGCUAGACACUGCCCUACAGGGGGUCAAUGAACUGUACCAGGCGUUAGAGGAAGCCGAGAAGAACGCUGUUCGGAACGCGCUGAUCACGGAGAGAAGCCGUUUCUGCGUGUUUGUGUCGUGCAUGCAGCCCGUGGUGGAGGAGGAGCUGGGCAUGCUGGAGGAGAUCACACACCUGCAGUCUGUGCUGGACGACAUGGUCAAGAUGUCUGCCCAGCCGUACCAGCUGCCGCCCGCCAGCGAGCAGGUCAUAACGGACUUGAUGAGCGGGGAGAGCACGCCGUGGGGGCAGUUCCACACCCCGCCCAGCUCCCCCAGCUCUAUCGGAUCCCGCAAGUCGUCCAUGUGCAGCCUGAGCAGUAUUAACAGCUCGGAUUCGCGGUCGUCUGGGUCUCCAUCGGCGCACUUCCGCUACCGCAGUCUGUCACAGCCGCCGCCGCCCCCAAUGAGGUUGUCGAGCGUUUCGUCACACGAUUCUGGGUUCAUGUCGCAGGACACGUUGUUCCUAAGACCGCCGUCACCUUCGAACUUCAGCGACUCUAGUGCCAACCAGGCUGCCACUCUGCAGAGAAGGAACACAUGGAACACGUGGGGGCAUGGGUCAAUGGGGUCCACAGUGGAAAGGAGAAGAAAACCUCUGUCGGGGGUGUUCGCUGGUGUGAGCGAGAUGUCAGAAAAUCCAGUAAAGUACCUUGAGGCAGUCCUCUCACAGAUGACUGUUGCAAUUGAGGAAAAUGAGCCGCCGCCGCCUCCACCUCCUGUUCUCGGACACAUACACUCCUCCAGCGAACACACCCCCUCGUCAACAACCUCCCCCUCCCCUACCUCUCCUCUACCCCCUCCUCUUGCCAACACAUGGACGCCACCCCCCUCCUCGCCCGGACUCAACCCCCCUCUCGCUGGCUGGAGCAACUCCCUGCCAUCCUCCCCUGGGUUGACCCCCCCUGCGACGAGCAUGUGGGGGGGACAUGCCACGGGUAGCCUCCCCCUGGCUCCGGUGAACAAGCCCCCCCUUCCUGAGAAGCCCAUGGUGACAGUCAAGGCACAGAAGUCCGACUCAGGAUUUGUCAGCUCGUUGGUGCCUGAUUUCAAUGCACCAGCUCCAGAACAAGUUAUUCCCCAGCCAGUAUAUGUGAACGUCAAUGACCUGGGUUGCAUCGCAGCCGCCCAGAGAAACCGCAACUCCAUCGUGACCACCACGGCGGGGAGCCAGUCUCCGACAACCACGUCAUCGUCGAGUGGAGGGUCGGACGGUGACGGCUCGCUGGCGCUGGCCCUGUCACGUACCCUCAGCUCUCACCAGAGCCGCUCCAGUCUGGGCUCCAGUGGGUACAACACACAGACAACAACCCCAUCCUGCUCCGAGGACACUAUCUCUACACAAGAGUCUGAUUACUCCUCUAUAGGGGGUGAGGAUGUAGAAGGAGAUUUUGACAAGUCCUCUACGAUCCCUCGCAGCGGGGAUUUCAGCUGUGCGUACCGGCCGACCUCCACACCCAAGCGACCUGCCUCCACCGCCGGAAUCCCUAUGGUAGUGCCGGCGGGCCAGGUGCAGGUGACCCCCGGGGGGGUGGCGCGGCGCUCCAGCAGCAUGUGUGGCCCGCGGCCCCCACCCCCGGUGCGACGGAGCUGCUCCACCCCCAGCGCGGCACUUCUCAACCGAUUGGCUGCAGCCCAGGCCCAGUUCCCCCUGCCGCCGCACCCCGCGAUGGAAGGGGGAUUGGCCCAGGAGCCAAUCAAAGAAGUCGGCGGCGGUGACCCCGUACGAGACACGACACCCUCCUCAUCUGCAACCUCCACCCCGACCAGACCGGCGCUACACAGAACAGCCUCGCUGACGUCCGCGAGUCCUCCCGACACGGGGGCCGCCAUGACUGUUCCCGACAUACGCGACUCCCUCCUAGAAGCCAUUAAGAGGGGGGUCAAGUUGAGACCUGUGUCCGCCGUCAACGACAGAUCAGCUCCGAAGGUCACCUAGUGGCACAGCUAAGGCACUGAUGUAUAGAUACUGUAUUGCUGGGCAAUGUAAUAAUGACAUGAGGAAAGCGAACAUAGAACAGAGUACCUACAUAAUGUAUUGCACUAGCGUAGUGAAAGUAGGGAUAGUGAAAGUGUAGAAUUGAACUGUUGUGGUCUGAGGUUUGGUUCUUUUUUCUUUGUAUUUCUUUUUUUUUCCUUGUCGGUAUUAGUUUUCAUGAUAUUUCUAAUGCUGUAAACUUGUGAUGUUAUGUAUGUAAGUACAGAGUUUUAAAGGUAGAUACUUGCUUUAUAUAGCUGUAUGUAUGGAUGGAUGCUUUUGAAGCAUGUUGUAGUCAAACAUGCUGUCUUGCAUUAAGUAUCAACUACAGCAAUGGUAAUAACUUUUAUUUCUAAUGUAGAAAGGUAAAAAGUGAACCAUAUAUAUUAUGAUUGUUCUGUGCAAACUGGUGGGCCAAUAGUGCCCACCUGUGUCUAUGAGAUGUAAAAUACUGGUGCUGUAUGUAUUUCCUUGUCAACAGAUGAAGAAUUGUCAGUGGUAACUUUAGGGAGACGCAGGAUUCAGACACAGUGAACUUGUGCUGUUGCUUCCCAUUUUUACAGUACCCUGUUGGAUUCCAAAGUCUUUUGUAACAUACUCUAGUACAUAACCGAAGAGCUGAAAAAUCACUCUUAAAUCCCACUAUGUAUUUGUAUAUUGUCAAAUUACAUAAGUCUGUUAUUCUUCUCAAUCUGAGAACAAUGGAAUAGGAUAUAAAAAUGUGUCAACCAACUAGAGGUCUUCAUUUUAAACUGAUCCCCAAAUUGUGUCAACCAAUCAGAGCUCUUGAUUUUAUACUGUAUCAUUGGUCCCAGAGUUGUGUCAACCAAUCAGAGUUUUUGAUUUUAUACUGUAUCAUUGAUCUCUGAAUUGUGUCAACCAACCAGAGCUUUUGAUUUUAGACAGUGCCAUUUGAUGUGGUUCUUUCAGCGCUCAGAAAUGUUGCUGAUGUAGUAUGAAAGUAUGUUUACUUCUUACAAAGAUGUUUAAAACAUUGUAUUGAAGUCAGCCAGUUCCUGUAAUAGCAUGUACAGCACUGGGUAAUGACCUGUGUAUCACUGCAAAAGUCUCCCUUCUGUUGUCCACUAGUCUCAGUGAAAGACAAGAUCUCUUUUUAAUAUGAUAUUAUUUUAUGUCGUACAGUAGUAGCUAAGAGAGUGAAAGAAAAUAAUUACACUCAAACGGUUUGUCAGUAUUUUCUUGUUUCCGCUGAUUACAUGCUAAUGUACAUGUAUAUAUAAAUGUCUGCACAGUGAAAUUACAUACGUGUAGCUGCUUUCAGGAGCACCAGUUGUCAGUAGGGUAUUCAUGUACACAGAAAUCAGACUGUAGCAGGCAUGGCAAGACACACAUAUACAGAAGGUUGUAUUGAGAAAGCUGGUAUCCUUAGGGUCAUAUGACACAUACAGUCCUGGAUGCUGCCUCUUGCAAAGCAGAGGGCAGAAUAUCAAGUAAGGUCUGAUACCUGUCAUAUUGUCCUAAGGGCAAUAUUUUGUUCGCUGUAUUGCACAAAUUGUUCUGAACUGUUUGUGGCACAGAAAGACAGUAGAUGACUAAUAUCUGAAAUGAGGACGCUUACUGGUAGUUAAACUAGGAAUGAUCCAGACCUUUUGGGCCAGUAUGCUCAUUCAUAAAAUCUGUGCAAUCCUGGUGAGCUCUAGCCUGUUGUCCAUCCCAUUCUAGUUCUGUUCCCUCCUACAAUCGCUUCCCUGCUGUAUAGUCUGACAUCCGUCAAUAGAGAAACAGUUGGAAUUUGAAUGAUGGCCUAAAAUAUAGGCAAAAGUUUUGAUUGGCUCUGAGUUAAAUGGUCCUCGUAAUGUCAUCAUAAUGGAGUUUGAGCUGGCAUUUGGAUGUGCGAUCCAGAUUUCUCAUAUUCUAAAAGAUGUUUGAUUCCUGUAAAACAAGAAGUAAGGACCAAAGAUGUAAGUAGGGGCAUGGCAGACUGUUCUGUGUGGAAGCUAUUGUCGGAGCAAACUAGAGCUAGACUAGGAUGCCUGUUUGUGCAAGUAGUCCUAAAUACAGAGAUGUAACGGACUAGUGUACAGAGGUUGUAGCCAGGUAAUAUGAUAGACAUGUGCAAAACAAAUCUGUACACAGAGCUGUAGUGUUAGUUGCACUAGGAAUGGCCAAGGCAGACUGUGAACAUACAAGAAUGAAUGAACUGUAGAUAAGUAUGUACCAGGCCCAUAAUGUGUCUUUCUGGGGUGUCUGUAAGAGUUUUCUGUGCUGUGUACUCAUAUGUUGCAGCCCUAUAUCUAUAGUACUAGUGCCAGAAGAGACUGCUGUGUAACGUAGAGGUGCUCAAUGUUCAGGUAGCUUGGAACAGGUUUUUAUAAAGGAUCAUGAUUCUAGAAA